AUGUUCAGACGUAAGAAAGACAAGGCUGAGGAGAAGGAAGUGGACAAAUCCAAGUGGAUACCGAUCGAAACUCCAAUCGCAGAUUUGUCGGAUUCCAUCCAUCCUCCAAAAGCAGCAGAAUUGACAAAGGAACAAAAAACUAAGUAUGCAGAAGUGCUUAAACAUUUCCAGAAUCCGGAACUGAAGGUUCCAACCACGGAAAAGGCUAAUGGCCCAGAUUCAGCUUUGGAAACAAUAAAACCGCUGGAAAAGGCGUGGCUCACCAGAGACUGUCUUUUGCGGUAUCUCAGAGCCACCAAGUGGAACGUAGCCGACAGUAUCUCACGUAUCACACAAUCGCUCGCCUGGAGACGUCAAUUUGGCAUUAACGACUUCGGGGAAGAAAACGGCGACGCUUUAACAGCAGCCACCGUAGAAGAAGAAGAAAAAACCGGGAAACAAGUUGUCCUGGGGUUCGAGAACGAUGCCCGUCCAAUCCUGUAUUUGAAAGCCGGACGCCAAAACACUAAAACCUCGCAUCGCCAGGUCCAGCAUCUGGUGUUCAUGCUCGAAAGAGUCAUCGAUUUCAUGCCCGCCGGUCAGGACUCCCUAGCGUUGUUGAUCGACUUCAAAGAAUACCCAGACGUGCCCAAAGUGGCCGGCAACAGUAAAAUACCACCCAUCGGUGUGGGAAAAGAAGUGCUACACAUUCUACAAACUCACUAUCCAGAAAGACUGGGCAAAGCGCUGCUAACAAACAUCCCAUGGCUCGCGUGGACUUUCCUAAAGAUGAUCCAUCCCUUCAUCGAUCCCAUGACUCGGGAGAAAUUGGUCUUCGAUCAACCUUUCCCGCAAUAUGUUCCUGAAGACCAACUUGAUAAGCUUUACGGUGGUCUUCUAGACUUUACAUACAAGCACGACGUUUACUGGCCAAAGCUUCUGGAAAUCUCUGCUCAGAAGCGCUCCCAUUAUUUGUCACGGUUCGAAAAGUUUGGAAGUCAAGUUGGUCUUAGCGAAUACGACCUAAGAGGUGAUCAUUCGGAAGUCACUUAUCCGGUCGAGCCCGUCAGUACAUAG